AUGGAGAAAAUAAGUGAGGAGGAGUCAAAAGCUGUGGACGUCAUGGAGAGAGAAUCGAAGUUGGAGUUGAAGAAUGCAGAGCUGAUAAAAGCAAUGGAGGUGAAGGACGAAGAGUUCAAGAAAAUACUCAACGAGAAGAAUGAAGAGUUGAAACAUUUAGAGGAUAUGAACUCGGUACUCUGCGUCAAAACAAUUCAAAGCAAUCUUGAGAUUCAAGAAGCAUACGAAGAAUUACUCAGCGGAAUGAGAGAUUUAUCCGGUGAGGCAUCAACAAUAAGAGUGAAGAGGAUUGGUCAAGUUGAUGAUAAGCCAUUCGUUAAAGUGUUCGAAAAGUUAUUCAGUGAUAAAGUCAUUCAGUUGGAACAAGCUGCCAUGUUAGUCUCCAAAUGGGAGGAUGAACUCAGUGAUCCAGCUUGGUACCCAUUCAAACUCGUUGGGACUGGAGAUACGUUGAAGGAAAUUGUGGAUGAUGAUGACGAGAAACUUAAGAAUUUGAGUGAAGAGUUUGGUGAAGACGUGAAGAACGCAGUGAAGAUAGCACUCGAGGAACUGAAUAAGUUUAACCCAAGUGGCCGGUACGUAGUUCCAAUGCUGUGGAAUUUUGAACAUGGCAGAAAAGCAACACUCAAAGAAGGAAUUUCUCACAUGACUCAGCAGAUCAGAGGUCUUAAACGCAAAAGAACCUAAACGGGAUUAGGAUCAAUGAAGGAUGGAA